AAGGAUUACUUUGUCCGGAACGCAGACUUUGACUUCUUCAACUACGUGGGACUGCAGCGGUCUGUGCUUCUGUACACGACACCCACCACCUACAUCGAUGACAUCACCGUCACCACCGGUGUGGAGCAUGACAGUGGGCUGGUGAAUGACCAGAUCUCCGUCAAGUAACCUGUCUGUACUUAUUGGAGAUGCAGUCUCGCUCUGUCACCCAGGCUGUAGUCCAGUGGUGUGAUCUCAGGGCUCCUCACCAAGGCCGAGAUAGAUCAGAUACUCCAUGGCCUAGACAAGGUGGCUGAGGAGUGGGCCAAGGGCACCUUCAAACUCAACUCUGAUGAUGAGGGCAUCCACACAGCCAUGAGCGCCGCCCGAAGCCCCUGUUCUCAGGCAAUGCGAGCCACAUGUGGGACUACGGGCACAGUGUGGAGCAGUACGGUGCCCUGGGUGGCACUGCAUGCUCCAGCUUCAACGGGCAGAUCCGCCAGGCAUGGAAGAGGCUCCGCUGUGGCCUGCUCAAAUUCCUGCUAUGGAAAGCAAGAGAAGGUGCUCCUUGAAGAAACGGGGAUCCCACCAAUCUCAGGGGUUCUGUCCUGGCCUGCGGCCCUGGAUCGUCCAGACUGUGCUGGGGUGGGGAACCGACCUUGCCCUUCUUGGCUGGGCCGGAGAGUGAGGGUCCCGCUUCCCCAAAGGCCUAGCCCGGGGUUCCAGCUGCAGGCCCCACUGGGCAGCACCAGGCCCAUCCCGCUCCUCUAGGCCUGGCGCUCACCCUCAGCAAAGAUGGCGCGGAUCGUCUCAGGUACCUGAUGCGACCUGUCCGCGGCCUCCUCCUGCUCUGCUCUUAGCCCUGCAGAUGGUGGCCAAGCAGUGGAGCGGAAAGUGUGACCUAGUGGACAGGUGUGGCCUGCACGGCAUUUGGGCCGCUGUUGCUGUGCACUGGCACUGCAAGGGAGGAUGCUGUACCCCCAGGAGAGCCUGUCGCGGGAGCCCAAGGAGCUGGGUGGCCUCUGGAGCUUCCCCGCCGAUUUGGACAACCGACGCCAGGGCUUUAAGGAGCAGUGGUACCUGCGGCUGCUGCAGGAGUCGGGCCCCACCCUGGACGUGCUGGUUCCCUCCAGCUUCAACGACAUUGGCCAGGACUGGCGCCUGCGGCAUUUUGUUAGCUAUGUGUUGUACGAAUGGGAGGUGACCCUGCCGGAGCAAUGGACCCAGGACCUGCGCACAAGAGUGGUGCUGAGGAUUGGCAGUGCCCACUCCUAUGACAUCGUGUGGGUGAAUGGUGUCAACACGCUAGAGCAUGAGGGGCUGACAUCAGCAGCAUGGUCCAGGUGGGGCCCCUGCCCUCCUGCCUCCACAUCACUAAUCACCAUCAAUAAUAUGCUCAACCCCAAGGGGGAGGGGACCUUGCCACCAGGGACCAUCUGCUACAUGACCGACACCUCCAAGGUUGCUUUGUCCAGAACACAGACUGACAUCUUCAAGUACGCGGGACUGCAGCGGUCUGUGCUUCUGUACACGACACCCACCACCUACAUCGACGACAUCACUGUCACCACCGGCGUGGAGCAGGACAGUGGUGAGGGCUUCUGGUCAAAUAUGUAUUCAGGCAGAAGUCUUCUGCAGUGGCAGAGCCCUCAUGGAGAACCUGUGCUAGGGCAAUGCAGAAGGGAAAUGUGGGGUUGGAGCUCUCAUGCAGAGUCCCCACUGAAGCUGCCAACUGGAAUUGUGAGAAGGCCACUAUACUCCAGACCCCAAAAUGCCAGAUUCACUAUGAGCUUGCACUGUGCACCUGGAAAAGCCGCAGGCAUUCAAUUCCAAUCCAUGAAGGAGCUGCUUAAGGCCAUGAGGGCCCACCCUUUGCAUCAGCAUGGUCCACAUGUGAGACAUGGAGUCAAAUGAGAUCAUCUUAGACCUUUAAGAUUUAAUGACUGACCCGUUGGAACUCAAACUUGCAUAGUGCCUGUAUCUCCUUGGUUUGGGCCAGUUUCUCCCAUUUGAAAUAGGAGAAUUUAUCUAAUGCCUGUACCCCUAUUGUAUCUUGGGAGUAACUAACUUGCUUUUGAUUUACAGGCCCAUAGGUAGCAGGGACUUGCCUUGUCUCAGAUGGAUGUAGACUUUUGGGUUAAUGCUAAAAUGAGUUAAGACAUUGGGGGACUGUUGGGAAAGUAUGUUUACUUUUGAAAUAUAAAAAGAGCAUUAGAUUUUGAAGGGACCAGGAGCAGAAUGAUACCCAUGGUGUUCUCAUGAUAGUGAGUGAGUUCUCAUGAGAUCGGAUGGUUUUAUAAGUGGUAAUUUUUCCUCCUUUCCCUCUCUCUUGCCACCUGGUGAAGAAGCUACCUGCUUCUCCUUCACCCUCUCCCAUUAUUUUAAGGUUCCUGAGGCCUCCCCAGCCAUGUGUAACUGUGAGGCAAUUAAACUUCCUUUCGUCAUAAAUUAUCCAGGCUUGGGUAGUAUCUUUAUAGCAGUGUAAAAAGAGACUAAUGCACAAAUAUAAGAUAGGGCUAUCUGUGUCCUAGAUGCUUCAUAAUCAGCCAUAAUUAUUCCUGUUUGAGUUUCUUUGUAACUCUCAGCCACAGAUGGAAAAUAUUCAUGGUGAAAAUGUAACAUUGAUUGUGCAUGUGCAGAGGACAUCUGUUCCCAGGCUGCAGAACGGCGUCUCUGAAUUUAAAUAAAAAUUCUGCUUUUCAAAUUUUCUGAUUAUCUUGUUUUGUGUCUUUUUAUGUCUAUCCAAAUGAUGUGUCCAUUACAGCCCUUCCCCUUUUUUCUGUGAUAUGGCUACAGUUUUCUCACUGUUCUCUCUGUACCAUGUCAUUUCACAUAGUACUUUGUAGGUUCUGAUGAGAAGUUUGGAAUUUUUUAAUAUGGUGAAAAACUAUGUUAAACUUGGGAGUUUGAGCUUAUUUAUAGCUUCUUGAUGUAACUUCCAGAUCAGUUAAUUGAGGUAAGAGGCAUACACUGUCUACAGGUGAGAAGAUUAAAUCAGGAAGCACUGUUUGUCUUAGUAAAAAUUUUUUAUUAGAUUCUAAGACAAAGUGUAGCAUAUACAAAAUUAGUUAGAAAAUAUAUCUUAGAAAUUAAACUUAUCAGAGAGUUAAUAUUAAGGGAUAAUUAAAUGUAAUUUUUAUGAUAUAUUUAUAGCACAACUUAUGUUUUCAUGCAGAAUCAUGUAUUUUUUAGUGUGAAUGUUAAAUGUUGCAAAUAAAAUGAGCUGUGGAUUUAAAA